AUGUGUUCCUGGCUGGGUUGCAAUAGAGAAGAAGAAAAUGAGGGCAAGCCCGAGACCGUGCCCAAAGCUGGCUUUAUCAAAUGUCCUGUCUUCAAAGGCGUCGCUUCCAGUCGCUUUUUGCCCAAAGGCACCAAAACCAAGGUUAACCUUGAGGAGCAGGGAAGACAAAAGGUCUCUUUCAGCUUUAGUUUAACCAAGAAAACCUUACCCAACCGAUUCCUGACGGCUCUCGGCAACGAGAAGCAAAAUGAAACCCCCAGCCCGCCAGCAGCAGCCCUUCAGACUGACUUUAACCCCAAAAGUAAGAUGGACCUGCUGGGGGAUGCCACAGGUGCAGCUGAGGAGUCUUCCCCUCCAAAACCCAAGGUAGAACUAGGAAAGAUCCAUUUCAAAAAGCAUUUACUGAGCGUCACGGUGAAACCGCUGCCUGCUGCCACGCUGCUCUCGCCGCCACCCCCUGCGGCACCGGGACCGGAGCUGGCGGCAUCGGCCACGGACUUCCCCUCAACACCUCCACCUCCACCGCCUCCCCCUCUGCCUCCCCCUCCGCCGAUGGCGUCGCCAGCAGCACCGAUGCCAGUUCCUGUCGCCACAAGCUUGCCACAGCUGCCGGUAACACUGAUGCCAACGCUGUUGCUGUCACCAGCCGUGGAAGCUGAGGUCCCUGCUUUGAAGGAGCCAUGCCCUGUGGUAUCUAAGGAGGCUUCGGAGCAGGACAUCAAGCAGGACGUGGUUUCCCACGGUUCAGAGGAACAUGUGAGCCAGCCCUUGCCUGAGCAGACAGAAACUACUCUGCAGAAGGAAGAUUCCCAUAUUGGGAAAGAAGAUGAGGUUUCUGACAGCUCCAAGGGUGCUCCAUCCAGCUCCCAGAGGCAGGGCUCCAAGAGGAAGUUCUCCCAGUCCGACAGCACGCUGCUGGGCUCCGAGUCCGACGAAGACUCGGUGAGGACCUCCUCCAGCCAGCGCUCGCACGAGCUGAAGAUAUCCAGCACGGAAAAGGAGAGAGAUCCCAGACGGGGCUCUGCCUCCCUCAGAGGUGACGAUUCGGGGAAGUCCUCCUCGCGCUCCAGGUCAGAGAGGGAUGAGAAGUACUCGAGCUACUCCAAGUCGGACAGGGAUUCGCGCUACUCGUCCUCCCGCUCACGCUCGGACAGGGAUAGGAGACGCAGCCGCUCCCAUUCCCGCUCCCGCUCGGAUCGGGGCUCCCGGCCCAGCUCCUCCUACUCGCGGUCAGAGCGCUCACAUUACUAUGAGUCUGACCGCCACUACCACCGCAGCUCCCCAUACAGGGAGAGGGACAGGGACAGGGACAGGGACAGGGACAGGGACAGGGAUAGGGAGAGGGAGAGGGAGAGGGAUAGGGAUAGGUCCAGGUAUUCCCGUUCCUACGCAGACAGCAGGGCCCGGGAGAGCUCCGACUCGGAGGAGGAGUACAGGAGGACACAUUCCAGGUCCAGCGACUCAAGGCGUACGUCGUCCCACUCCUCCUCCUCCUACAGAGACUCCAGGCGCUCUUACUCCAAGUUGGAAAGGGAUAGCAAAGUGGAGUCGUCUCACAGUGACAUGGAAAGGAGAGGAAGGUCUUCUUCAAAAGCAGAUAGAGAUUCCAAAAGGACUUCUGAAAGUGAAGUAACCAAAAGGUGCUCUCCCCUUGCUGAGCCAGGCUAUCGAAAGGGGACAUCCCAUCCUAAGCCCGACAGUAAUGUGAAUUCCUCCCGCUACAAAUCCACCCCUUCCAAGACCCCCACACCAAAGCCUGAUAAAUUUAAGAGUUCUUUCUGUUGUACAGAAUCGAUCGAGGAGAUCAAGCAGCAGUCUAAUUCUCUAGAUUUAGAGACCUCUUGUCUAAAAAGCACCGAGACCAGGGUGGCUGGCACCAGGAAGUCGCUUUCUCCCUUCACCCACUCAAGCAAUUCGCCCACGUCUCGCAAGGCAGAUGAGCCCGAAGCAGGUUUUGCCAGCUCAAAACCUGAGGAACCUACAGCAAGCCAGUGCCAGGACAGUGUUAAGGAACAGGAAACUUUCCUCAAGGUAAAACAUGAGCAGUUGAGAACAUCUUUCCCCAUGGAGUCAACUUUAAAUGACUCCCCUGAGGGCAGAGCUGAUGGUGUGGCACCUUGCGGUGCCUCCAGAGCAGAGGAUGUCACCAACAGCCUGUGCCAGUCCGAAGUGUCACCUGUUGUCAUGCCGGAGCCGUCGGAUCCACUGCCGUCUCAUGGGUUGGAGAGCACCUUUGUGUCUCCAGAGCAGGAGCUGGGUGAUGCCCAGGUCCAAUCCAGUGAGUGCAACAGCCUCUUUGGUCAAGUAGAGACUCCUGUCCCACAGCAACAAGAGGAAGCCACCCCUUUGCCCAUGGGGAAUGUGGAUGAUGCUAAAACCGUAGUAAGGGAGCUGGCUGAUGAGGUGCCUCCCUGUGACCAAGCCAAAGACCCAGUGUUGUGCUACCUUUCGGACGACGCCACCCCUGCUUUGUGUCAUUCAGAGGUUGAAAUUGAAGCGGAACCGGCAGACCCCAGGGUGACCUCCGAGACGUUUCUCGAUGUGCAGGUUGAGCCACAGACCGUCACAUGUGACUAUGAGUGUAUAGAGGAUCACCACUCAACACCUGCCUGUGAUGAUGAGCGGCAUCAUCCUGACCAUGAAAUAAGCCUGGUGGUGGAGAGCUCAAGCCAGGAUCUGCCCCAAGAUGACUCUUCCCUGAGGCUCCAGUCAGAGCCUCCCGUGACGCAGGAGCGCGUCUCCUCCAAAUGGGACGUGCCGCCUCCAGAUGGAGGCCAGGAGCUGCUCCAGUGUUCAGAAGCCAAAGAGGUGCUCAAGGUGGACACUCAGCACGUUGAUCUUGUUUCAGCAGGAGUCAAGCCAUCAGUCAGGGAUGAGCAUUCCUACUUUUCGGAAGUGCCGCUGGAGCUCCGCAGAAGAGAGCUCGUGGGGGAAAGCGCAGCUCCCACCGAGGAGGUCGGGCCGAGCGAUUUGGGAAUUCCGUGUCCUGGCAUAGUGGCCGAGAAGGAUGAGGGAGGUGAGCCCUUGGUGGCUUCAGCUUUUCCAGAUGCCUUGUUUCCUUCUUGCAACGUUGUCGCCACCACGGAGGAGACGGAGUUGGUAACUCAAGCCCCGACCUGUGACAGCAGCGGCAGCGCUGCGGAGUUCGUCCCUGCUGGCCAUGAUGAUUACUCUGACACUGGGGAGAGCAACAGUGUUGGGGGCAGCGAUGACAGUGACACGGAGGACUCGGACUCUGAUGAUGGUGCACCCCCGAAGCGGCUGCAGUCCGUUGUGGUGGUCCCAAAGAACUCGACCAUCGUGAUGGAGGAGAGCAGCCCCGGCUCCUCGCGGAGCAGCCAGGGCAACAGGCGCUUCUCCGACCACUGGGACGACGAGCGACCCGAGCCCAGCAGGCUCUACUAUGAGGAGAGAGUAGAGAACCUGGUAAGUAAAAGCGGGGCACAAGCAGAGAGCAGAUGUUCUCCUAGAGGGAUGGAGAGGAGUCCAGCAACUUCUACCGAGCUUGGCAGGAAGGAGGCGGAGGAGCUGCGGCCAGAUCCGUGCCAGCCUCAGAGCGAUGGCGUUGACAGCACGAGCCAGGCAGACCUCACAGCUGACUCCCAUGGCAAACCCACCUCAGAUGAGAGGAUACCACUGAAGGAGCUGCUGGCUGUUGGCAGACCACCUGAGCAGCCCUUUUGUCUACCAGAGAGCUUGGAAAGCACCGAGAAAUCCAGGCACCAGCUGAGCUCUGCCAGGCCAGACAGCAGGCAGGGCAGUGGUGGGCUUAACCUGUCUGGCCAUGGGGACUUUUCUAGGCUGGAUGGUUUUCAAGCAACAGAGGAAGGGAGUGGUUUGAGCUGGGACUUGAACCAGACAGAGAAGCCCAGCAGCACUUACCAGCAGCCAGACAGCAGCUUUGGGGUCUACUCAGGCUAUGUUUACCAGCCGGGUUCCGAAACCUAUGGUGCUUCCCAGGGCUACUGGCAAGGCAAUGGCUACUGGGACACAAGAGCUGCUGGCAGGCCUUCUGCUGUCAGCUACGAACGAGUGCAAGGGCAGGUACCGGAUUCUCUAACAGAAGACCAUGAGGAGUAUGAGGUGGAUGAGCAGUGGGAUGAUGAGUGCAAGCCUCGUUUCCCCAGCCCCUCCAGUAAGUGCCAGGGGCCUGAGCAGAAAGAGGAAGGCUCGGUGCAGGCGCAUGAGAUCAGCAGCAACUCCACCAAGGAGCCGGUGCCUGGUGGGGAGAAAAAGGAAGAGGGGAAGGUUUUGGAAAAAAAUGAUGUGAAGGAACGAGGUCCACCAAAGAAAAGGCGUCCUGAGUUGGAGAGUGACUCCGAGAGUGACGUGGACUCGAGGGAGAAGAAGAAGGGUUUGAAAAUAGAGGGGGAGCAAGUGGAGUUGCCACCACAGGACUCCUCCAUGGUCGGUCACUUGUGCAUCAUGGAUGACUUCAGAGACCCCCAGCGCUGGAAGGAGUUUGCCAAGCAGGGGAAGAUGCCCUGUUACUUUGACCUGAUCGAGGAGAACGUCUACCUGACUGAAAGGAAGAAGAACAAGUCCCACCGGGACAUCAAGCGAAUGCUGUGCGAGUGUCCUCCUCUCUCCAAGGAAGAGCGAGCUCAGGGGGAGGUGGCGUGUGGAGAGGACUGUCUCAAUCGCCUGCUCAUGAUAGAGUGUUCUUCCAGGUGCCCCAAUGGUGACUACUGCUCCAACAGGCGCUUCCAGAAGAAGCAGCACGCGGACGUUGAGGUCAUCCUCACGGAGAAGAAGGGCUGGGGGCUGAGAGCUGCCAAGGACCUGCCAUCCAACACUUUUGUCUUGGAGUACUGUGGAGAAGUUCUGGAUCACAAAGAGUUCAAAGCUCGUGUGAAGGAAUAUGCCCGGAACAAGAACAUCCACUAUUAUUUCAUGGCUCUGAAGAAUGAUGAGAUCAUUGAUGCCACGCAGAAAGGAAACUGCUCAAGGUUUAUGAACCACAGCUGCGAACCCAACUGUGAGACGCAGAAGUGGACUGUCAAUGGGCAGCUCAGGGUUGGAUUUUUCACCACCAAACUCGUCCCAUCGGGCUCAGAGCUGACCUUUGAUUACCAGUUCCAGAGAUAUGGCAAGGAGGCUCAGAAGUGCUUCUGUGGCUCAGCCAACUGCCGGGGUUACCUGGGAGGAGAGAACAGGGUGAGCAUCCGGGCGGCCGGAGGCAAGAUGAAGAAGGAGCGCUCCCGCAAGAAGGACUCGGUGGAUGGGGAGCUGGAAGCUCUGCUGGAGAAUGGAGAAGGUCUCUCAGAUAAGAACCAAGUUCUGAGCUUAUCCCGGCUGAUGGUUCGCAUCGAAACGCUGGAGCAGAAGCUCACCUGCCUCAAACUCAUACAGAACACACAUUCCCAGUCCUGCCUCAAGUCCUUCCUGGAAUGUCAUGGCUUGUCUCUCCUUUGGAUUUGGAUGACAGAGCUGGGUGAUGGGCGAGGAAGCACUGCCAACAACCUCAAGUUGCAGCUGGAGAUAAUGAAGACUCUGGAGCUCCUGCCCAUACCUACCAAGAACAUGCUGGAGGAGAGCAAAGUUCUCCCCAUUAUCCAGCGCUGGGCUCAAACCAAGACUGCUGUGCCCCAGCUGAGUGAAGGUGAUGGCUACUCCAGUGAGAACACCUCACGGGCUCACACACCCCUCAACACCCCAGACCUUUCCACCAAGCAGAGUGCAGAAGGUGACACAGACACCCCCAAGAAGCUGGUCUUCAGGAGGCUGAAGAUUAUAAGUGAAAACAGCAUGGACAGUGCCAUCUCGGAUACAACCAGUGAGCUGGAAGGGAAGGAGGGCAAAGAGGACCAGGACCAGCUGGAGGGAGCCCCAGUGGAGGUGCCAGAGGAGCAGCAGCAACCUCAGGAGAGCAAAGCUGCCAUCGAGCCGCCAGUGGAGAGCAGCAAACCCCAAGCUGCAGAGCUAGAGGCUGAGCCUGAAGCUGAGGUCAAAGAGAGCAAUGGUGGGAAGCUGGAGGAGCCCAUGGCCAUGGAGACCCCAUCCCAGGAUGAAGAGGAAGGUGUCUCUGAUGUUGAGAGUGAGAGAAGCCAAGAGCAAACAGACAAAAUUGUGGAUGUCAGCGAUCUGGCCACCAGGCUGCUGGACAGCUGGAAGGAGCUGAAGGAGGUGUAUCGCAUCCCCAAGAAGAGCCAAGCAGAAAAGGAGAAUAGUGCCACCAGUGGGAGAGAGGCAGCUGGCAACAGAGAUCAGACUCCUACUCCAAAGAACCCCAUCCUGAGCAGGGAGCGGGAUCCUGAGAGGCAGAGCCAGAGCAAAGAGAAGAAGAGGCGCAGAGAUUCCUUGUCCCCACCUGCCUCAGCCUACGAGAGAGGAACCAAGAGGCCAGAGGACAGAUAUGACACACCAGCAUCUUCCAAGAAGAAGGUCCGGCUCAAGGACCGCAACAAGCUGACCACCGAGGAGCGCCGGAAGCUGUUCGAGCAGGAGGUCGCCCAACGAGAAGCCCAGAAACAGCAGCAGCAGCUCCAAAGCCUGGGGAUGACCUCUCCCCUGCCCUACGACUCCCUGGGCUACAGCACCUCCCACCACGGCUUCAUUGGCUACCCCCCUGGCUACCCCAUGCAAGCCUACGUAGAUCCCAGCAACCCCAACGCCGGCAAGGUGCUCCUCCCCACCCCCACCAUGGAUUCCAUGUGCUCCCCAGCGGCCUAUGAGCACCCCCAGACUCUGGUUGGCCACACUGUGGAGCCCACCCUGUCCACCCCCCAGCCAGUGCCAGUAGUGCAGCAUGUAGCAGCGACGAUGGAGGUGACGACUCCGCAGUAUGUGGCGCAGGGCGACGCCGCCGUGGUCCACCAGGAGCCCAGCGUGGCCGUCCUGCCCGUGGCCACGCCGGGCACGGUGCAGAGCCAGAGCUACGGGGUCUGGGAUUCCAGCCAGCAGCCCGUGGCUGUCCAGCAGCAGUACUCACCAGCCCAGUCCCAGCCAGCCAUCUACUACCAAGGGCAGACCUGUCAGACGGUUUAUGGGGUGACGUCGCCCUACUCGCAGACCACCCCUCCCAUCGUGCAGAGUUAUGCCCAGCCAGGUCUCCAGUACAUCCAGGGCCAGCAGAUCUACACAGCUCAUCCACAGGGAGUCAUAGUGCAACCACCAGCAGCAGUCACCACCAUCGUUGCAGCUGGCCAGCCUCAGCCCAUCCAGCAGCCAGAGCUUGUGGUCACCAAUAACCUCCUGGACUUGCCUCCACCAUCCCCUCCCAAACCCAAAACGAUUGUCCUCCCACCCAACUGGAAAACAGCCCGAGACCCAGAGGGGAAGAUCUACUACUACCACGUGGUGACCAGGCAAACCCAGUGGGACCCUCCAACCUGGGACAGCCCAGGGGAUGAUGCCAGCCUUGAACACGAAGCUGAAAUGGACCUGGGGACCCCAACAUACGAUGAAAACCCCAUGAAGUCUUCCAAGAAGCCCAAGACGGCAGAAGCGGACACGUCAAGCGAGCUGGCCAAGAAGAGCAAGGAGGUGUUCAGGAAAGAGAUGUCGCAGUUCAUCGUGCAGUGCCUGAACCCCUACCGCAAACCCGACUGCAAGGCCGGGCGGAUCACCACCACCGAGGACUUCAAGCACCUGGCACGGAAGCUGACCCACGGGGUGAUGAACAAGGAGCUCAAGUACUGCAAGACCCCCGAGGACCUGGAGUGCAACGAGAACGUCAAGCACAAGACCAAGGAGUACAUCAAGAAGUACAUGCAGAAGUUUGGGGCCAUCUACAAACCCAAAGAGGACACAGAGCUGGAGUGACCUCCACCCUGGGCUCCAGCAGCUCCACCAGCCCCAGCCCAGCCCUCUGCUGCGCUCCGCCGCCCGCCCAGGGGCCUGCUCCGGGAGGUU